AUGAACAUGGCGACAAUCCAGGCCAUCGAGGCUCGCUCGGUCCACCAAAUCCAAUCCGGUCAGGUCAUCGUUGACCUAUGUUCUGUCGCCAAAGAGCUCAUUGAAAACAGUCUCGAUGCUGGCGCAACCUCGAUAGAGGUCCGAUUCAAGAAUAAUGGGUUGGAUCUGAUCGAAGUUCAGGACAACGGUAGCGGAAUCGCUUCGGAGAAUUAUGAAAACGUUGCCCUGAAACACUAUACGUCCAAAUUAUCCACAUACGACGAUCUCGCCAGUCUGAACACCUUCGGUUUUCGCGGCGAGGCGAUCUCCUCGCUGUGCGCGCUGUCCGAUUUCCACGUCAUAACCGCACAGGCAAAUCAAGUCCCACGCGCAAACCGACUUGAUUUCGAACAAUCCGGGAAAUUGCGCAAAACGCAGAUUGUCGCUGGACAGAAGGGAACAACAGCGUCCGUCGAAGGCAUCUUCAAAAGACUCCCCGUGCGCAGGCGCGAACUGGAGAAGAAUAUUAAACGGGAAUAUGGAAAGGUGUUGAACCUGCUACACGCCUAUGCUUGCAUUAGCACCGGAGUCAAAUUCAGCGUUAAGAAUACCGUUGGCAAGACGCGGAACGUGGUAGUAUUCUCUACGAAUGGGAAUGUCACUACGCGAGAGAAUAUCGCCAAUGUCUACGGGGCGAAGACGCUUUCGGCGCUUAUUGCGUUGGAUCUGGAUCUGGAGUAUGAGCCUUCUACUGCCAUGAAGCGGGCUGGAGACGGAGACGGGCUCAAUCGAAUCCAGGUCCAGGGUCAUAUUUCGAAACCUGUCUUUGGUGAGGGACGACAGACACCUGAUCGACAGAUGUUUUUUGUUAAUACGCGUCCUUGUGGUUUGCCGCAGAUUGCAAAGGCGUUUAAUGAAGUUUACAAGUCUUUCAAUGUUUCUCAGUCGCCGUUUAUCUUUGCUGAUUUUAAGAUGGAUACGGAUGCUUAUGAUGUUAAUGUUUCGCCUGAUAAGCGCAUGAUUUUGCUGCAUGAUGCAGGGGCUUUGAUUGAGUCUCUUAAGACUUCUCUGGCUCAACUGUUCGAGGCUGCCGAUCAGACGGUGCCGCAGUCACAGGUCAAAUCCAAAGCUUCUGCGAAGCAACAACCACUAGCAUCACUUCCUGGUUUCGUCACUGCUCGACAGCUCAGUCAAAGUGCUGAAGCCGAUAGCCCCAGUCGAAGUCAGAGCAGAGAUAGUCCGGCGGAGACACCCGUUGCUAGCAAGACAAAUGCACUCAAGCGUUUCAUGACUUGGCAAGAAGGCCCGGAAAGCCCAUUACAAGCAACGCCGUCUCCAGCUCCAUCGCUGAGAACGCCACGCGCUGCAUCGAAGCCUUUCCCAGCUGCGACUCCAAUCUCAUCUGAAAAUGAGGCAGAUUCAUCUGCUGCCGAGACAGUGAACGAUAAGCCUCCUUCCCAGGUGGAAGAAGAGACAGAAGAGCAAACACAAGAACAUCCAUCCUCACAACCUUCAGCAUUAGAUGAAACUCCAAGUCGCAGACGCGGCGACUUGGAAGAAACACCAAAUGUCGUUCAAAAUGCAUUUGAUAGAAUGCGUCCUCGACGAAUUCCUGCUGAAAUGGCUACUAUUACUAUUGGCAAUCGGACUGUCACUUCUAUGGUUGGUAGUGGUCUCCCGCGAAAGCGGGCAUCUGAGGAUCCACCUCCUAUGAGAGAACCGCCUCGCCGAAAGAGGCUGAUCCAUACACCCUCGCGGCCUAAUAUCUUCGGAAAGCAUAUGCAGACGUUUGCUGCGCCGGGGUCGCAGGCUGAGGAACACGACGAGGAGGAUGAAGACGAAGAAGAAGAAGAUGACAAAUCAGACCUGGAAGGAGAGGAAGAGAAUGACGAGGAGGAAGAAGCUUUGAGUGAGGUCGAGCGAAUGGAAGAAGAUGAGGAAGACGAAAUCGAGAUCGAGCAGACUCAAGAGGCUCAAGAUGGCGAUGAAGAACCCGAGGCCGAGCCGUCCGAAGGCGCCGAGUAUAUUCCUGAACCAGUCCCACCCGAACCGGAAGCAAGCGAAACAGAAACGAACCAAGAUGAUACCGGUGCAGAUGACAAUCUUGAUGAAGCGGCUAAGAAAUCACGGGAAGAAGCCGUUGUUCAACGCUUGAUCCACGAAGCCGAAGAGACCGCCGUUCUGCCACAAGAUAACGCCAGUCGUGCAAAUAAGAUGAAUAAGGGCGCCACGCAUCGCGAUGCUACUGUAAAUCUCGUCAGCACAGUGGACGGAUCCAUUUCAAAACUUCAGUCCCAAAUCUCAGCGCUGCGCGAGGGUUUGCAAAAACGUGCCAAGCCGACAGAUCAACAAGCUAGGAACCUCGACGAGGAAACCGCCGAGGACCGACUCUCCCUCACUGUGAGCAAAAAAGACUUUGCCCAGAUGCGCAUCAUCGGCCAGUUCAACCUCGGCUUUAUAAUCGCGGUCCGUCCCGCAAAAGAUGGCGAAGAACUCUUCAUCAUUGACCAACAUGCUUCAGACGAAAAAUUCAAUUUUGAACGACUGCAAUCUGAAACCGUUGUGCAAAACCAACGUCUCGUUCGUCCCCAGCGCCUCGACCUCACUGCUGUUGAGGAAGAGGUUGUUCUCGAGAAUCGAGCCGCACUAGAGAAGAACGGGUUCGUGGUGACAGUUGACGAAAGCGGGGACGAGCCCAUCGGCCGGCGAUGCCAAUUGGUCUCGUUGCCACUCAGCAAGGAAAUCGUCUUCGGCGUUCGGGAUCUGGAAGAGCUUAUCGUUCUGCUUUCCGAGUCCGUCUCGCAUGAAGUUUCUGUCCCGCGGCCGAGCAAAGUGCGCAAGAUGUUUGCUAUGCGUGCUUGUCGAUCUAGUAUUAUGAUCGGCAAGACUUUGACGGGGAGGCAGAUGGAACGUGUUGUGAGGAAUAUGGGCACUAUUGAUAAACCGUGGAAUUGUCCGCAUGGACGACCGACUAUGCGGCAUUUGAUGAGUCUGGGUCAGUGGGAUGAAUGGAAUGAGUUCAAGGAUGAGGAUGAGAACCCAGGGUUGGAUCCUUGGAGGAGGUAUUUGGAGGCCGCAGAGGAAGAAGAGGAUGUCGAAGAGGAAGAGGAAGAGGAAGAAUAA